UCUGGUUUUAUUUACUGGUGUGACUUCAGCAGCUCAGUGUCUUCAUACAAUGGCAUUCGACGAGUCAAACCAAAUGGCUCUUACUUCAGAAACAUUGUCACUGGUGGUAUUGGAAGAAAUGGAAUUCGAGGCAUUGCUGUUGACUGGGUCGCAGGAAACCUUUAUUUUACCAAUGCUUUUCAGACGGAAACAUUCAUUGAAGUUGUCCGCAUUAACAUGACUUAUUAUCGUCGGGUCCUAAUGAAAACUACAGUGGAUAUGCCAAGGCACAUUGUGGUAGAUCCCAAAAAUCGAUACCUGUUUUGGGCAGAUUAUGGUCAAAGUCCCAAAAUUGAGCGAGCUUUCCUAGACUGCACCAACAGAACAGUUCUGGUGUCGGAAGGCAUUGUUACACCAAGAGGCUUAGCUGUGGAUCGCAAUGACGGAUAUGUCUAUUGGGUUGAUGAUUCUUUGGAUAUGAUUGCAAGAGUUAGAAUAGAAGGUGGUGAUACACAAAUUGUGCGAUAUGGCAACCGCUAUCCAACACCUUAUGGGAUUACUGUAUUUGAAAACAGCAUCAUCUGGGUGGACAGGAACUUAAAAAAGGUGUUUCAAGCCAGUAAAGACCCUAGUAAUACCGAUCCACCAACUGUU